UCUGAAUCAUAUAGGGGAGAGGGACCAGAGUCACCAAAAUAAGAGUGAGAGAGCUUCAAAAAUCUUCACUACUGAAAAACAAAAAAAGAUGAGGUUUUCUUCAUCAAGACCCGUUUCAAGUCCGGGUCGAACCGAAAACCCGCCUCUAUUGAUGCGGUUCUUGCGGACCAAAAGCAGAAGCAGAAGCAGAAGCCGUUCUCGUUCAAGAAGACCUAUCUUUUUCCGGCGGAAGAACGCGGCGGCGACGACUGAGACACAAGAACCGACUUCACCUAAAGUCACUUGCAUGGGUCAAGUUAGGAUAAACCGGUCAAAGAAACCCAAACCCGGGACUAAUCGGGUCGUCGUCGGAGGCAGUGCAACAGGUCAAAGCCGUCGGUGCGGGUGGGUCAAGAGCGCUUUUUCUUGUCAUCCUUUCACCGGAAUAAUUAAACCUACUUGCUUUAGUCCUGUGUGGCGCAAAUGGAAAUCGUUUUCUAAUGUAAGUUUCUCGAGAAAAUCAGAGAAGAGAUCAAGUUCGUCGCGAAGUGAGCCUAUCUUUGGACGCUCCACGGUGGAGCCAGAGGAAACAGAGGAGGCUCAAAAAGAAGGAAACGAAGACGAAGAAGAAGAAGCAAGUUCAUGCAAAUCUUUCACAGCUACACCACCAAGAAACGCAUUUUUACUAACUCGAUGCAGAUCUGCACCAUAUAGAUCUCCUUCACUGGUUAAUAAUAACAACAGCUUCUUUGGAGAUCAAGAAGAACAGAGCAGCGAAGCAAAAGAAGACCCUUUCCGACGACACGCCUCGCCGGGAAAUGUAUUAUUGGUUUCAUCAGGAGACUCAACGACUACGAGCGUCACAGAAACAACAACAGAGUCAGAGAGAUUGGAUGAUUCAAGAAGAGAAUCAGUAGCGAGUGAUGAACCACCAAAACGAAGACAAUGUGUGAUUCUCACGCGCAGUAACUCGGAGCCAGCGAGAAUCGGAGAGAAACUCGUUCCCGAGAUGAGUUAUCGACAGAACCGAAGGUUGGGAUUUACGUGAGUGAUCGGUUUACUACUAUAUUUUUUUACUUAUUUCUUUGUAUUGUUACGAGAAGUUUUAUACAGUAUAACGAUUACUAUAUUCUUUCUUGGAUUUACUUCGGGAAGUUUCACUGAAAUUUUAUAGAGCUUUAAAAGUUUUGUUUA